CACGAAAAGGGCUCUUUGUCCGGAUAAGGUAAAGACGCAAAAGAUUUUUCUUGCCUCGCACGAGAGCUUGGACGCUUUCGUUCAAGAGGCAUAAAGAAGACGAUUUUGCCGUACUUCUUUUGGAGCAUGACAUUUUUAAAUGGUGAAUGAGGUCAUCGGUGUAGAGAUAAAAUUAAUUUUCAUCGAUUAUUCGCCAGGCGAUCAUUAUCGCUUAUUCUGAAGUAUCCUUCGAUUUUGGUCGAGAUUUUCAAAGAAUAAGUGCGAUAUAAAGUUUUUAGAAUAUUACUACGCAAUGGUCUCACCCUCGAAAAGAAGCCUCUGAUUGGCCAAUAGCAAUUUCCCAAGUAACAUCGGGCCACCCGCCAUAACGAACGUAGCGUGGUACGAGCGAUUGUUUGAAUGAACGUGUUCAAACGUAAUCGACAGGAUUUUAUAAUUAGUACCGAUUUCGGUUUAGUAUACGAAGUGUACACGGGACGGUUGCAUACACGGGAACUUAUGGUGACAGUUUGAAGCUAUGGAAGUCGCGCAGAAGUUGCAUUUCAACGCAUGCGACAUUCAGGACGAGGAACUGAAUAUCAGCUGUCGUACAAACAGCUCCGGUUGCGAUGUUGACGAUAUUUUAGACUCAUCGGCGGAGGAUCUUGGAUGUUCACCAUCCCUUCAACCAAGAAAGUUAUCGUUUAGUAAUACGAUGGACUGUAGUGACAGUGAAAGUAACCAAACUGUGCCAGUUAAUAAUAACAAAACUCCGAUCAGUAACGUGACAGGUACGUCAAGGAUAAGAAUUCCUCCCCGUGAGAAUGUAUGUACACAAAAGGUGUCAAUGGCAUGCAGUCCACCUUAUAAACGUGUUAGGGCUUUGCGUCUUUUUGAUUCACCUGCUACUCCCAAAACUUUAAUGGAGAAGAGUGCAUUGCAUACUCCAUUUCCUUCCAAAUGUACUAGAUUAUUUUCAUUAGACAAACCAAGACCCUGCAAUUAUCAAAAUAAAUCUGAUAAACCUGCAGCAAAUGUAAAUCCUUUUACACCUAAUGGAAUGUUGUUAACUGCAAGAAAACGUACUAGAUCCAAACGUAGUCUCAAUGGCUCUCCCGAUAUUCAGAUUCCGAAGUUCGAUCUUGCCGAUUCUGAUGAUUCAGAUAACGAAAUAGAACAAGCUACGAAACGAGUGGCAUUGCAAGAUUCUAACAUUCCUAGAUACCAUCAAGAAUUCCACGAACUUGGAUUGAUUGGUACAGGUGAAUUUGGUUCAGUAUACAAAUGUAUCAAUCGAUUAGAUGGAUGCAUUUAUGCUAUAAAAAAAAGUAUUAAGCCUGUUGCUGGGAGUAUCAAUGAAAAGAAUGCUUUAAACGAAGUAUAUGCACAUGCUGUACUUGGUAAACAUCAACAUGUUGUACGGUACUAUUCAGCAUGGGCAGAAGAUAAUCACAUGAUUAUUCAAAAUGAAUAUUGUAAUGGUGGUAGCCUAGCAGAUGCUAUUACCAAUUUACAAAAGGAAAAUAAACAUUUUACCGAGGGAGAAAUGCGACAACUGUUGCUACAUGUUGCUGAAGGUUUAAGAUAUAUUCAUAGCAUGCAGUUAGUACAUAUGGACAUCAAACCUGGAAACAUUUUUAUUUCAAAAGAAAAAAGGCUACUAGCAGUUAAUUACGAUUCAGCAGACGAUGGAUUUGAUGAAGAAGAAACUGUUGAAGAAGAAAUUACAUAUAAAAUAGGCGAUUUAGGUCAUGUUACAUCUGUUAAUAAUCCUCAAGUUGAAGAAGGAGAUUGUAGAUAUCUACCAACAGAAAUUUUACGCGAAGACUUCAGCCACUUACCAAAAGCUGAUAUUUUUGCUUUGGGAUUAACUGUUUACGAAUCAGGCGGCGGAGGUCCAUUGCCGAAAAAUGGGCCGGAAUGGCAUGAUAUUAGGAAUGGAAAUCUAAAAGAAUUGCCACAUUACAGCCGCGAUCUUAAUGAAUUACUCAAAUUGAUGAUUCAUCCAAAUCCUGAAAUGAGACCUUCAGCAGUAUGCCUUAUUCAGCAUAGAGUACUAUGUCCAUUUGGAAAUAAAACGAAAGCUCAACUUCGACGAGAACUGAAUGCAGAAAAACUAAAAAACGAAAUUUUGUCAAAGCAAUUGCAAGAAGCAGCCAAAUGUUUAAAAACCAUUGCUCCAAAUGUAGCUGCUAUUAAUAACACUAUGAAUGCCGGAGGUUAUAAAUUGAGACCAACGCCGACUAGAACUUCAUCUCGGGUAGUGGGUAAAAAAGUAAAUCGAAGUAAUAGCACUACAAAUUUCUGAAUGUUCUGUGUUAUAUUUGUGUCGGACUAAACGAUGAAAGGGAGAGGGUAAAGGUGCUUAAGGAAUAAAUGAUUCUUUUAAGUGCCUUGACAUUGUGAUAUGAAUUAACUGUAAUUUAUAAGUGAAAAUAUGAUCAAUAUUUGAUGAUAUGGAGAUACAAAAAAAAAAUAUGCAGAGUGAAAUUGCAUGAUAGUCAUGGGUAUAAUCUUUCUUGCCACGAUGAAGAUAUUACAUUAAUAAAACGAGUAUGAAUUACAAAAAAAUUAUAAACAGGUAAUUUCUUAAUUAUUUACGUCUUACAUUUCAUUGCAACUUUAAUAUAAAGAUGGGUAAUACAGUAGUUUAUUACUGUUAAUCUGUGUAUAUUGUGUUUGAUUUUUAAUGUAAGAUAACAAGUAGAUGUAUAAGAUUAGAAUGUGUCCAACAAUUAUUGCCAG